AUGGGAAACAGCCCGUCAAGGACAAGUAAUAGCAAUACACUAGUACCGAAGAGCUCAUCCAGUAAUCAACAACAAUUAACAACUAGUGAUGACCUUAAUAAUAACGAACCUAAUGACCCAGAUGAUAGUAGGCCACCUACUAUCUAUAAUAAAAAUACGAAGGAUAUAGAAGUUACCUCUAUACCAAUUAAAAAACCAUCAGAAAGAACAAAUUUUGGAAGAAAUGGUUCACUGGUAAGAAACCAAGGAAGUGGUAAUACUAAUAUUGAAUAUAGUGCUACUCCAGGAAUGGUCAUUCUUUCAACAAAUAACAGUAAUAGUAAUAAUAGCAAUGCUAACAAAUUGAAGUCAAGAAAUUCAAAUUCAAAUUACAAUUUGGACAUAGAUAUCUCCUUAGCAAAGGCUUUCUCUACGUCAACAACAAUUGCAUCAGUAGGUAGUAGCAAUAGUGAUUAUUUCGGUAGUAGUGGCAGUAGUGAAAAUACGCUUUUCAUUUCUUCUCAUAAUUCUAUGAAGGAUGACCCAAACAAUCAAAAUAGUAGCUUUGUCAAGACUAUCGCAAGUACUCCGACAACUGCUAUCAAUACUCACAAUCAUUUAUCAACAAGUCAAGUUUCAAAUAAGAUGAACGGAUCCUAUUCCGGAAACAAUAGCUAUAAUAAUAGCGGAGUGUCAACUUCAUUCUCAUCUAUACCUAAUUAUAGAUCAACCGCCAAACCUGUCUUUUUGAAGAGAUAUCCUCAUGACAGUUCAAGUUCUGACGGUUUGGAUGUUGAUGACGCCAUUGAAAAAUUGUUAAAAUUGGGUGAAUCUAGAGUCUAUAAAUCAAAAGAUUUCCCCUUCCAUUCUUGGGAAAUUCAAUUGAUCUGUUACCAUGCAAGAGAAAUAUUCAUGCAUCAACCAUCGUUAUUGAAACUACAGGCACCAAUUAAGGUAGUCGGUGAUCUUCAUGGACAAUAUUCAGAUCUUUUACGAAUUUUGAAAUUGAGCGGUGUCCCGCCAGAAACUAAUUAUCUAUGUCUGGGUGAUUAUGUUGACCGUGGUAAGCAAUCUUUGGAAACUAUAUUAUUACUGUUAUGUUAUAAGAUCAAAUACAAGGACAAUUUUUUUAUGUUACGAGGCAAUCAUGAAUCGGCAAAUGUUACGAAAAUGUAUGGUUUCUAUGAUGAAUGUAAGAGAAGGAAAAAUACAAAAGUUUGGAAAAUGUUUAUUGAUGUAUUUAAUACAUUACCGUUCGCUGCAGUUAUUCAAGACAAAAUUUUCUGUGUCCACGGUGGUAUUUCACCUGAAUUGAAAUCAAUGGAACAAAUUGAGAGUAUUAAAAGACCAACAGAUAUUCCUGAUGAGGGUUUAAUAACUGAUAUCUUGUGGAGUGAUCCAAAUGCACAAGCACAAGCAUGGUCAUUGAAUGACAGGGGUGUUUCAUACACAUUUGGUAAAAAGACUGUUGUUGAUUUUUGCUCUCAGUUCAAAUUUGAUUUAAUUAUCAGAGGACACAUGGUAGUAGAAGACGGUUACGAAUUUUUUGCAAAGAAGAAAUUGGUAACUGUUUUUUCAGCUCCUAAUUAUUGUGGUGAAUUCCAAAACUGGGGUGCUGUCAUGAGUGUUACCACUGGUUUGAUGUGUAGUUUCGAACUGCUGAAACCUCAUGUGAUUAAACAGAAGAAAUCUAAGAAUUGA